AUGGACACACCUACUCCUCAACCAACUAGCGAUGCGAAACGCGACGAAACGGUGCUUUGGACAAAAGAUGCCAUCCUAGAGAAAGCCAAAAUUGACAUGCCCGACUAUGUUUCUACACUGACAGUCAACCAUGCUCUGGAGUUUGAAGAACAUGUCAUCGUUGGCAAAAGCCAUACCAAAUUCGACCUGCCAAAGACUGCAUUGACUGAUAUGUUACUGGUUGGCUUCUACGAAGGAUAUGGUAUGGAUCAAAGGCUUCCAGUUUAUGCUUUUGUUUAUGAAGUGAAAAGAAACCAAGUUGGUUACACAACUCUGAAAAAUGAUGCCAAUCACAUCCGGUUGAGAUUUGACUAUAUGUCAGAUAUCAAUUUCUGGAAGCCUCUAUGCAACAUUGGAGAAGUACUAAAGAAGUUUGCACCUGUUGUUAGUGCAUUACGUGCAUUUAUACUUUGUCAGUUCGUGCUCGCUGGCUACCUCAGGAACAUAUGUGGUUACACCUCGUUCUGGUCAGAGCUGGAGAGCGCAUGCAAGGCAAUCAGCGACUCAAGACCCGCUCAAUCGAAAACACCUCAGUCUUCCGCUCCCAGGCUUGGAAAGAAUCCCGCAACUUUCUCUGCGCCUGGUAAGGAUGGUAGCUCUACUGCUGCUACAAGUAGAUGUCAGGAGACGGCAGUGUCGCAACCACAGCCAAAUUCUGCACAGAGCACCGAAAAUUCUAGGAAAAGGAAGCACGAUGAGGUUGAGAACUCUAACUCUUCCGAAAUCCGGCGCCGCGACUACAGCGUUCCACUGGGACGACAGUCAAAGACCAUUCCCGCACCCAACCCACCCCCUCCUGCGCCACCCCUCUCACCACCAAACUCUCAACCCCCCACCGUCACGAACAAGGACAUUGUCGAGCCGCAAGAGCAAAGCCAUGUACUUGAACAGCAAACUCCCCCAGGCUCCCACGAGACCACAUGCCCAACUACAUUCGAGCGUCCACAGCAAAGCCACAGCCAGCAUCAACAAGACACUUUUCAGGCCCCACAGCAAAACAAAUCCCUCCACCAACAAACUGUAUAUGCAGCAAGUGAGAUGCCGCAACUCCAGCGCCAACAAAACACUGCCUACUCUACCACCUUCCAGCCCCUUCAGCAAGGCCACUCCUACCAUCAGCAGCAAAACAACUACCCUGCUCAACAAUCUACGUACACAGCAGCCGACGUGCAGCGACUCCGGCACCAGCACCAGCUUGCAUUCCAGAACCUGCUGGAGCAGAAUGGAAGAUUGAUAAUGCAACAUGCACAAGCCGUUGCAAACAUGCAAGAAGCGCAACAUUCGGCACGAAUUUGGAAAGAGAAGCAUGCUGAGAUGCAGAACAGAAUUGGGGUUUUGGAAGCGGAAUUGAACAAGUCGAAGAAGUAG